UACAACUUCAAAAAUUAUCCAUUUGAUAUGCAGAUGUUAAUGCACAUUGGCUGUGUCCUGUUUGUACCUCAGCUGCAAUAACAUUCGUAUGGAGAAAGUAAAUUAACUUUGAGAAGCUUGAAUUAAUGCAUUGCUACAACAGAGCUGUCCGUCUGUGAGGUCUGACGGCAUUUCGUGUAGAUUAUCUGGAGCUGAGCUCUGUAGUGCCACAGACUCCCCUAAUUUCAUAGCCAGUUGUCUUAUGACUGGCUACUGAUGCUGUCAAAAAGUACCUGCCUUUUUGCAGCUGUAAACAGUGAUUUUGUGUUUUCAUACCUUGACCCUGUUCUGCUCCCUGACAUGGUAGCUUCUGACACUUAUUUAAUAUUCAGCUAUCCUCUGUCCUAUGACUUUUUAUACCCCCUAGUGCUGGAGACUACAAGUCUAUGAGAACGGCUGAAUAGGGAGCAGGGUACAGUGAUGUUUGCAAAGACAGUGGGAUACAGUCAGUAACAGGCAGAGAAACAUACAGCUCUGUGGGUGUCUGUAGCCAGACAGAUACAACGACUUUUGGAAAAAGAAAUUUGUAAUUGCCUCCACAUUCAACAAUAACUUUAGUGGGAGAACUAACAAAUUCAGCUUUUUACUGGAAGUGCAAGUUGGAAAGAAAACAGCAGUGUUUUCUGAGUAUCUCUCUGGUGUUUUCAACACUGCGUGAGUAAUCCUCACACUAUAAAAUAUGGCUUGAAUUUUUGGUCAAGCUUCACAGAUGCUGAUUUCAAAGCUGAAUAGGCCAUAUAUCUGCCUCUCCAUGGGCGGCAGCACCAUGGAGAGCUGCCGGGCGCUGGCGCUCUGCGCCGUGGCGGCCGCGCUGCUACUGGGCGCCCGCGGGCAGGGGCCGACCCCGCCGCGCCGCGCCCGCGACCUGGGGCCUCCCGGCGGCGGCGGCGGCGGCGGCGGCGCCUCCCGAGAGAAGGAGCUGAUCGAGGCGCUGCAGGAGGUGCUGGAGAAGCUGAAGAGCAAGCGGGUCCCGCACUACGAGAAGAAGUUCGGGCAGGUGCCUAUGUGCGACGCCGGGGAGCAGUGCGCCGUGAGGAAGGGAGCCCGCAUCGGGAAGCUCUGCGACUGCCCCCGGGGGACUUCGUGCAACUCCUUCCUCCUCAAGUGCCUGUAA